AUUCACUGUCUUUUACACACCCACAAACACAACUGUGAAGUAAAACAGUCAAAAGGCUGGUAAAGUUUUUUUCUUUUCUUAAUUUAAUAUAUGUAGUGGAAUAAUCAUCAUAUACAAGACACACAGAUUGCAUGCAGACUUUUGAGUGAAUUACUCUCACACACAUGAGCAGCUUUCUUCGUCGCAUACCCCCGUGUGUCUGACACCAUAAUUUAGAGAAAUAUCUGCUGUAUUGCCUCUGAAGUUUAUGUGAUGAGCCACAUCUCAGCAGCCAAUACAGAGCAGGACUAUAAAGAGGGGGGUGAAGUAAUAUCAGUCUUUGACCAUGACACGAUUGUCACCCCGCCCCCUCCUGCCCCUCCCCCACCCCUGCCAGUGGGAAACAUUCAAAGGAGGCAAAGAAUUAGGAGUUUUUACUGGAAGCCAAUUCCAGAAGAACGCAUUCACCAGCGGGGGGCGCCCAACCUGUGGACACUUGCAAAGCAUUCUGAUAAACACAAAUUUCACAUUGACAUUCAGACUAUCGAGGACCUGUUUGGACACAAUGACAGAAACACAGUUGCCACAGCCAGCAACAAGACCAGCCGAGUGUACAGCAGUUUGUCUGAGCAGAAGAAGGAGAUUAGCAUCCUUGACCCUAAAAGGAGUAUGAAUGUAGCAAUUUUCCUCAAAUGCUUUAAAAAAUCCAUUCAGUCUGUCAUUGAUGACAUUGUCCAUGGAAACAGUGAGGAGUUUGGAGCAGAACGACUGAGAGAACUGAACAAACUACUGCCAGACACACACGAAGUGGAGAAGCUGCAUUCAUACAAAGGAGAUAAAACUCACCUAAACACCGUGGACUCCUUUAUGUACCAACUUACACUCUUACCCAGGUUUGAGCUGCGUGUAGAGGCCAUGCUGUUGAAGGAGGAAUUUUCUGCUUUAUGCUCAUCACUGAAACAGGAUGUGCUCAUUAUUCACGCUGCCAUCAGAGAGUUGUUAAGUUGUGUGGAGCUUCACUCAGUCCUUCACCUGGUUCUGGAAGCAGGAAACAUCAUAAACACUGGUGGUUACGGUGGAAAUGCUGUGGGUUUUAAACUCUCCUCUCUUCUCUCUCUGGCUGAAACCAAAUCCAAUAAACCAGGAAUGAACCUGCUGCACUUUGUCGCUCUGGAGGCCCAGAAGAAAGAUGACCAGCUGCUCAAAUUCCCUGAGAAGCUUCAGUAUGUUGAGAGUGCAGCACGGGUGAGUGUGGACAGUUUGGAUGUUGAGUUGGAUAAUCUGAACAGGCGAAUAAAAAACUUACAGCAGAACAUCCAGAGUGAUACACAACUACUGCAACAACUACACACCUUCCUACAGUGUGCAGCUGUCUCUCUAAAGGAAGUCAGUGUGUGUCAUUCUCUGUUGAAGACUGAAGGUGAUGAAAUGAUUGAUUUCUUUUGUGAAGACAGAGAGACUUUCAAAUUGGACGAGUGUUUCUACAUUUUCUAUCAUUUCUGCUCCAAAUUCACUAAAGCAGUACAGGAGAAUGUGGAGCGUGCAAUGAGGGCAGAGUCUCAGCUGAAACGAUUGAAAGUUGGGGAGGAAAAAGGGCCUUCCUGGGCGGGACAACUUUGGGUGGGCGGAGUCUUGAGGCCCAGGUGCAGCAGUGAAAUUGAUGUUCGGGCAGCAGUGAAGUGGGAGGGGCUUAUGGAGCUCCUUAAUGCACAACCCCCCAGCUCCCACAAUUUUCUGGGGGGGUUUGGCCUUCAUCGCCCACGGCAACGGCUCAGUGGCAGCAACAUGAAUAUAAAAGACACACACACACCAUCAGACACACAGUCACCAUCGGACACACACUCUCACUCAGCACGCAUGGCUGUCCAGGUGGAAACCCACACACUGAUUCCUGGACUGCAAAACAGUCCCUUUAAAACUUUAUUUCAUGGUCACCAUGGCAAUGACCCCACUGAGAUAUCCAGCAGCGAUGUAACAAAUGAUGAAGAGUUUCCACACCAUGACACUGACAUCAAACAGCUAGACAGGAACAGACACAUGGCAAUGACCUCUGACCCUGCACAGGCAAGGUUAGAGGUUGACGGGGAGUUGGUUUUAAGGGUGGAGUCAGAGGUGGGAUUAGAGGUGGAGUCAGAUGUAGGAUUGGGGGUGGAGCCGGAGGUGGUAUUGCGAGCAGACUCAGACGUAGGACGGGGGGCGGGGUCAGAUGUGAUAUUGGGGGUGGAGUUAGAUAAGGGUAGAACUCUAGAUCUGAUGAACAAACACUAUGACAUACGGAAUGAGGAAGGAAACAGCAACAUUAUUCUUGAACACCAGCUAAUCAUCUCUCCUGCUGCUGCUGAAACCUCAACUACUGCUUCCCCUAGCAGCCAAUCAGAAUUGAAAACCAACAGGAAUACAACUGAGUCCACCAAUCAGGAUUUAGACUGCAAAUCCACCCAUCAUUUUUUAGGAUCUAAAGAAAGAGAGAAAAAGAGGAUUCAGGCAGUAAAUUCAGAAAAUACCAUAUCACCAAACAAUGCUACAAGUAAAAGUGUAAACUCAUUCAGGAAAAUGCCACUGAAAAAAUCUAUAGUUUCUCCUGAGUCCUCCUCCUCUUCGUCAUCACCGAAACUCCGCCCACUUCAUCCUGUACGAACUCUCACUCACACUGAGAAACAAAGCAUGAGGAAGGUUAUUUCCGUUAGCAGCACUAAGCCCCACCCUAUUGCGCGCACUCAGAGUCUUAAAGUCCCACCCCCAUCAACAGCUACAUCUGUGCACCCAAGCCCCACCCCCAAGGUGUCAUCCAUUCAGAAGUCAUUAGUGAGGAAGCCGAUGAUUCACCAGAAAUCUGCACCCAAAGAGAAAAUAUGUAGAUCUACACAGCGCAUACUUGCCAUGCCCACUCAGGAAAGUCACACCCAUACUCAAAAAGCCACACCCCACUUUGCUUGCAGCACCGUUGCCUCCACCACUCGCAGUGCUGUCACCACCAGUAACACGUCUCUCAGUCAGAAGGAUGUGUCCACUACUACAAAAGCGUCUUCACCGACUCGCACAGUGCCCCGCAGAGCGAGUGAACUGAGCUUGCCCAGUAGAACAGGAAGUACUGAUCUGCCACUUCCUCGUGGCCAUAUAACAAAUUUUAAGGUCAAACCUGUACGUCCGGCCUGGAGGUAGACAAGAUUAAAAAUGGAAUAAUUUUUAAUUAAACUAAAUCAAAAUUUAGUUAAGUGAACUAAAUAAUUUCAAAAUGUUUUUCUCUAAUGGAACUAAAAAUGGAGGACAUUGUGUUUUGAGUGUGUUGUAAUGAGUACCGUGAGAGUUUUGAGUUGUUUCAUUCAGUGAGAUUAAUAAAUUUUGGACAAUUUUUUG